AGUGUGUGAAUGUGGCAACCGAGGUAGACAGGGAGGGGUAGAUAGCCUGACCAGAGCUGGGGUUUUUUGUCUUUUUGUCUUUAUUUUUCUUUAGUUGCAGAACACAUUGUUCACAGUGUAUGUUACGCCACGGCUGUGAACUUGUUUGCGGAGCAGAAAACCGGGCCGCCGCUGCUUUUCUUUGGGACCAACCGCUGUCGCUGUGAAAACAGCCCAGAAGAAAGAAGGAAAGGGAGAAACAACAUGGGGCGAUAAUAAAACAAGGUGUUGUGUUGUGAACCGACGAUGACUCCCUGGGGGGAUCCGUGAAGCUUAUUUAUUUUUAUUUAUUCCCCCUUUUCCUUUUCCCUUGUCUUUUUUUAUUUUUACGUUUACCCUCCCUUGCUACUUUGAGGGGGUUGGGUUUUUUUUUUUUUUAAGAAAAAGGCAACGGGAUACGUUACAAGAGGACUGAAGGAUGGACCAAGCCGGCAUCCUGAGAAAGUUUAUCCAGGGGGUGAAGGCCAUGAGCGAGGGGGACGAGGAGAGGGGAGAGGACAACUUCGGCAACGACUUUAUGCGGUUGCGGCGGCUAUCUACCAAAUACCGGACGGAGAAGAUCUACCCCACCGAUGUAGGCGAGAGGGAGGAGAAUGUCAAGAAGAACAGAUAUAAAGAUAUACUGCCAUUUGAUCACAGUAGGGUGAAAGUGACAUUAAAAACAACCAAUCAGGACACGGAUUACAUCAAUGCUAACUUCAUCAAGGGUUUUGAUGGCCCAGAGGCCUACAUUGCAACUCAGGGCCCACUGCCGAACACUGUCAUCGACUUCUGGAGGAUGAACUGGGAAUACAAUGUAGCUGUUAUUGUAAUGGCUUGUCGAGAGUUUGAAAUGGGAAGGAAAAAGUGUGAACGAUAUUUCCCGCUGCUGGGGGAGGAGCCCAUGAGCUUUGGUCCCUUCAGAAUCUCCUGUGAAUCGGAGCAGGCCAGAACAGACUACUUUAUCAGAACUUUGAUGGUGGAGUAUGAAAAUGAAACUCGGAGGAUAACACAGUUCCAUUAUAUGAACUGGCCGGAUCAUGACGUCCCUUCAUCGUUUGACUCCAUACUGGACAUGAUCGGACUAAUGAGAGAAUACCAAGAGAAUGAUGAUGUCCCUAUAUGUGUGCACUGCAGUGCCGGCUGUGGGAGGACGGGUGCAAUCUGUGCUAUCGACUACACAUGGAACCUCCUGAAAGCGGGGAAAAUACCAGAAGAUUUUAAUGUUUUUCGGCUGAUCCAAGAAAUGAGGACGCAGCGACACUCUGCUGUUCAAACCAAGGAGCAGUAUGAGUUAGUUCAUAGAGCGAUCGCUCAGCUCUUUCAGAAACAACUGCAGCUACUUGAGAGUCCCACCAACACGCAGAUACACGAUGGCAUGGAUGAAAGCAGUCCAGACAAAGCGAGCCACCAGUCAGAAGAUGAGAGAUGGGACACACCACCUCCUAAACCUCCCCGCAUACGCAGUUCCCAGGCAGAAGGUGACGUUAAGGAGGAGAUUCUCCAGCCCCCGGAGCCUCACCCUGUACCCCCUAUUCUGACCCCGUCUCCCCCCUCAGCCUUCCCUACCGUCACCAACGUACGGCAGGACAACGACCGCUACCACCCCAAACCUCUCAUACACGUCCUGGCUACUACACAGCACAAUGUGACACAGAAUAAAGACGGGGACCAGCAGCAGAACCAGUCAGAACCCAGUCAGAACCCAGAACAGAGAGACCAAGAUCUACAAAGUCAAAAACAGCAGACCAAGGUCUCAAAUCUGGAUCUCAAUGACAACUACAGCAACAAAUUGUCUUCAGCAUCAUCAAAAUCAGAAUCAGGCCAAAGCCAGACUCAGACUCCCUCCUCGCCCCUCUCCCCUGUCGUUGAAUGUUCUGGUGCUCCUCGCAUCGAGAGGAAGCUCAGCAUUGAGAUUAAAAAGGUGCCACUGCAGGAAGGACCUCGUAGCUUUGACACUUCCUCCUCGAUGGGAGUAGCAGGUGGGGUCGGUAGUGGUUCAGCCAACAGUGUGAAUAUGCUGCAAAGAAGCCAUGCCUUCAAAUCCCGUUCUGGCCAAUCCCUGCUGACGUCCAGCUCCUCGCUGUCGGAAGACUCAGGCACGGAGGGAGGAGCAGGUGGGGACAGUCAUGCAGACGGAGACGCCCCAGCCAGACCAAACCACCUCCCUGUGAAGAGUGGAGAGAAGGGGGAGGCGCAGGGAGGGGAGAAAGUGGAGGUGAAAGCUGGCCAUGCAGCAUGGGCUAAGCCCGGCAACAGCCCCGAAAAACAGUUCCCAAAGACCUCCUCUUCUUCUUCCUCCUCAGACCGUGUCGCCCCAUCUUCAUCCUCCUCCUCUCACCUCUCCUCCUCCUCUUCCUCCUCCUCCUCUACUCCUGUUCGGACUGCCCUGAGUUUCACCAACCCCCUGCACUCCGAUAACUCGGAUGAGGAGGGGGAUGGAGAGCUGUCCGGAGGAAAGGAGGGUUAUCGUACUAAUCUAUCCAUGGCAACAGCCACGGUAACUGCAUCCCUUCACCAUGGAGACCAGCAGCCAGUCAGGAAGGUGCUGCCAAUGUCGAUCGCAGGGCAUAGCUCUCCAUCACCCCCUGCAACCACAGCAAACUGCUGGGACAGCGACGACUCCCCUCCCCCCCUCCCUGCGAGAACCCCUGAGUCCUUCAUACUGGCCACAGACCCUCUGGAAGUGAGAACGUCAGCCUCAGCUGAAUGGAGCAGUUCACUCAAAGAUGUGCCAGACUGUGUUAAGAAGACAUCUCCAGCUGACCCUGCAUCUCCUGGCACCACAGCAACAGACAGCAAAGCAGACUUGGAGCACUCCACCAAGGACAAGGCAAAGGAGAGAGACAGAGAGGAGAGGGAGAAGAAGAAGGUCAAAGACAGAGAGAGAGAAAAGGAGAAGAAGAAGCACAAAGCGAUGAAUGAGAUCAAGAGGGAGAACGGAGAAGUCAAGCAGCCAAUUAAAGAUGAAAAAGAGAAAGCCAAGAUCAACUCAGAGGAGCUGCAAAUCAAAAAAGUGAAGAAGAAAAAGAAGAAGAAACACAAAGAGGGGGAGAAGCACAAACGAGUGAAGAUGUACCACCGCUCCUGCCAGACCAUUUGUGCUGGCUUGCUUCUCCUCCCUCCUUCCUCUCCAUCUCCCACCUCUUCUUCCUCAGCCUCCGAUCCCACACACAACUCCUCCGUGUCUCCCUUUAAGUCCCCGCUGCCAGUUUAUCCUUCAUCUAACAACAAAGCCUCACAUGUCCUGCCCUCCUCUCCUCCUCUUGCUUCAAAAUCCCUCUUUAACUCCUCUCUUCACAACACUCCCAACUCUCCAUCAUCCUCCAUCAAGACACCACUCCUUUCCCCGACCAAACAACAUCCGCAGUGCACCUACCCCGGUGUGGCGGGUCUGGAGUUUGCCCCAUACAUCCACAUAGAGAACCAGCCUAACGGAGGGGCGCUGGUGGCCCACGCCUACACUUCACAGCUCUCCUCUCUUUCAGAGGGCCAGAGGCAGAGAUUUGCCCAGGAGUUUGUCACCUUGGCAUUUAGCGAGGACUCGUCCCAGGCAGCUCAUUAUGUCAUGGGAAUUGUCCAUGGAGAAGCCAGCUACCUGCCUGAUUUUUUGGACUACUUCUCAACCAAGUUCCCAUCAGCUCCAGUCAAAAUGGAAAUGCUGGGAAAGAAGGACAUAGAAACUACCACUAUGGCUAAUUUCUACUCUCAGGUGAGGAAAACAUACAGUCACGGGACGUACAGAGCCGGGGCAAUGAGACAGAUCAGCCUGGUGGGAGCUGUGGACGAGGAGGUCGGCAAUUAUUUCCCAGAAUUCCUCGGCAUGCUGGAGGAGUCAGCCUUCCUGAAGAGGACUCUUCCAUGGGGAACGUUUUCCAGUCUGAGGCUUAUGAAUCCCACAGAGAGCGACGACGGUCCCAUCAUGUGGGUCAGACCAGGGGAACAGAUGAUACCUGUGGCUGAUAUACCAAAGUCCCCAUUUAAAAGAAAACGCUCCACCAAUGAGGUAAAGAACCUGCUGCAGUCGCUUCCCAGGACCAGCGAGCCCAGGGAGAUGCUGUUCGAGGAUCGGACUCGGGCCCACGCUGAUCACAUCGGUCAGGGUUUUGAGCGGCAGACCACAGCGGCCGUAGGGGUGCUGAAGGCCGUGUGCUCCGGAGAAGGCUCGGAGCCUCCUCGUGUAACCAAAGAUGUGGUGUGUUUCCAUGCUGGUGAUUUCCCUUACGUAGUUCAGAGGCUGCAGUUGGACCUACACGAACCCCCUCUGUCUCAGUGUGUGCAGUGGGUGGAUGAUGCCAAACUAAACCAGCUGCGUCGCGAGGGCAUCCGUUACGCUCGCAUCCGCCUGUGCCACGAUGACAUCUACUUCAUCCCCCGCAAUGUGGUCCACCAGUUCAAGACCGUGUCUGCUGUCUGCAGCCUGGCAUGGCACAUCCGCUUAAAGCAGUACCACCAAGGAGAGGGAGAAGAGGAGGAGGAGGAGGUGAAGGAAGAGCAGGAGGAUGAGUUAGCUGAGCUGAAGGAGACGGAAGCAGCAGAGUUGGAGGUAAAAGAGAAACAGGAAGGGAGGAGAGAAGCGAAAGGUGAGAAAGGAGUGAAGGAGAGGAUAAAAGAGGAGGACGAGGAGACAGACGUUUCAGAAAAAAGGACGUUGCCGGCUGUCAAAAAAGAGGAACAGGAGCAGGAUCUUCCUCACCCUCACCCUCAGCAUCCACCUCUGUUGUCUCAGCCCGCUCGCUCAGCGGACUCCAGCGUGGGCAGUGUGAGAGACAAAGAGGAAGAGGAGGCUGAGAGGGUGAAAGAAGGAGGAAAGCCCAAACAGCAGGAUUCACCUCCUGCUAAGGGGAAGACAGAAUCUCCAGCUCCUGCUCCCUGCAAAAAUAAAUCGCCUUCGCCCCUCCCUCUGUCGCCUCCUGCCUCUCUUCAUCCUCCGCAUCAGGAUGCAAAACCCAAAGCAUCAUCGAAGCCUCACCACCAUCAUCAUCAUCACCACCAUCACCAUCAUUCAGACAGCAGAAUGACGUCUUCCAGUGCAGCGUCCUCUUCCUCCUCUUCUGCUUCUCAUUCAGAUCCAAAAUCACCCCUGUCUCUGUCUUUUUCUAAGUCUUGCUCCUCCUCUGCGCCUCCAGCAGGAUCCACUGAUACUCCUUCAGUCUCCUUUUCAGCUGCUCCCAGUCCGUCUUUGUCUUCCUCUGUUUCCGUUUCCACAUCUUCCUUCCCGUCAACCUCCGCUACAUCUUUCCUGACCAGUCCCAAGUCCACAGUGGACACGAAUCUCUCCACUCUCCCUCCUUCCACUGUGUCUUCGUCCUCCCAGCUGCCCUCCUCUCAAUCUGACCAGCCGAAGGACAGAGACUCACUUUGUCUAAAACCGGACUCUCAUUCAGAAAUACGGACACAAGUGCAGUCGGAGGUUCAAGCACCACGGGAAUCACCUGCUGAGAAUGUACAGACACACACCUCCCAAGCCGACACACGGACACAUACAGUAGCGGACACGAGGACUCAAACGCUCCCAGAGAAAUGGACUCAAAGUUCGGACUACAGGACGCUGGUGGAUCCACAGAGGCGUGUGCCACACGACGCCGGGAGGCAAGGGAUUUACAUGCAGCAAUACGCACCCCAGCAUCUCCCACCUCCUCACCUCCCUCAGAUGCUUCCCCCGUCCUUCUCCCCUCUUCACCCCCUGCCACACUCCCACCUUCCUCACAGACCUCCACUCCUCCCCCCAAAUCCGCUGUCCAAUCCCUCCCUCCCGCCGCAGUCGCAAGCUCUUAACUCCUUCCUGAGUCAGAAACCAACACCCCAUUCGGUUCACAUGAGCCAGCUUCACCUGCACCAACCAGAUAUCACCACCCAGUCUCAGCCGUACUACCAGCCUCCCCUGAUCUCCCCUCCGUCUCAACCAAACACUGCUCUCACCAGCUCCCAGUCUCUUCCACCUCACCUCCCUCACCAUCACCAGUUUGCCAAAACCUUCUUCCCUCCUCAGCAUCCCCACUUCUCCUCUCACCCCUUCCUCCCCCCUCAGUCUUUCCUCUCUCAGCCCCCCAGCUCUUACUCGCUACAACCGCAAUACCAGACCUCAGCACCAGCGCAGGUUCAGCUCUCUCUGCCACAGUCUUUCCCCCAUCCACCCCUUCCUCCUUCCUCCUCGCAGUCUCUGCCUCCCCCUCCUCCUCCUCUUCCUCCUCCUCUCCCACCUCAACCUUCCCCUUCUGUCCUCUCCCCUCCCUCAAAGCAUGAAGAGGAGCGGAGACCAAUUUUAUAGUAGUUUUUGUACAUAAAGAAGCUGUUUUUAAAUGACUGUAUAUGUACGAGGUUUUAUUUUGAUUGUGUUAAUGUAAAACAAUGUAAAAAAGAAAUAACAGAUUGGGGGUGAGGGGGUGGGGGCAGUGGAGUGAAUUGGUAUGGACACAGUAUCAUAGUUUAAAAAGCAGAGUUGGACUUUAUGUACCCCACACCUCUUGACUGGACUGGUUUAGACAGUAGUGACGCUUUGGUUGUGCUCUGGUUCAAAAAUAUUAAGCAGUUAUUGCAUGUACUGGUAGUUUUGGCCUUUAGUGAAGUAUGGGUGCACCAAAAUCUGACAGUGAAGAAGAGGUUUUCCAGGUUUAAGUCUACCAAACUGCUGUCUGGCUCUGUGUUUUUCUGAAGUGAGCAUAGCCCUUUUGAAUAUCCGUGAGCCAUCAGAGGUAGGAAGAAAAUAGGCAAAUAUCUGCAGAGUUUGUGUCCGAUAUUUAUAAAAAAAAAAAAAAAGGUCAGAGUGAUGACCUUUUUGUGAAACUUGCAGCUAAUGCUUCCAUUUUGUGGCUUUUUUUUCUAGUAUAUUCUUUGUGCCCAAGACUGUUUCUCUGAAUAAUGAUGGGUCAAAACGAUAUUGUACAAUACACUAAUGUAUUGAUGAUAAUAUCACUACAUUUCCUCCACUAUAUUGUAUCGAUGCAUCUUAAUCAGUACAGUAAAUUGCAGUACUUUUCCCUGAUAUUGUAUAUUGAGCAAUAAUGCUCCGCAAUAAGCUGCUGAUAGAAAACUGCAUUUCCCAGUUCUUGACAUGGUGACAAGCAUCAGUAUUUUCACCCGAAUUUGAAAGCAAUUGACACAAAGCCAGUAAUGUCAACAUCUGAGGAGCAACUAAAUGUAAUUAACAGGUAUCUUAAAUGAUUUUUCUAAUCAGUCGCAGUGUUUUAUUGCCCGAGAAGAAUAUGAAUGCAGUUUUUAGUGCUUCUAAAUGAAGAGAAAGCCCUGUUUAAAUUAUAAAUCAGUAUAGUGAGCUACAGUAUACAGCCAGUAGCUCUGUAGUUAAUUACACCAUAAAAAGAGUCGCGAUUUAAAGUAUUGAGAUCAACUCGUAACUGUAGCCCUCAACACCAGUGGCAGAGCUCUUAGUGUAAUUUCGCUGUGUUUUUCAGUGUCUGUUGGAUGUGUACCAGCACCUCCUAAUUUUGGAAACUGAGCGCUUGCUGGUCAGCCAAGGAAGAAUUCGACCCAGCCAAGGCUGUUACACAGACAGAGCCUUCAGAGUCUCAGGAAAAAACUAUUCAGGACACAUCUGCGAAUAUAUAUUGGCCUCCUGAGGGGAAAAAAAAAACAAACUUAAAUAUGAAUCACUUGCAAAUACUUUCAGAUCCAUUGAUUUUAUUGGACAGUAUAGAGUUUUAGGAAAUUAUUCAGGGCCAUUGAAAUAUUAUUCAGUCUGAAACAUUAUAUUAGUACCUAUGCAGCUACAUCAAGAGCCUGCCAUGAGGUAACUUUAGAGGUAGAGCAAUAUCAUAAGACCUCCCUAAUGUGACUCAACACAGCACUUUGUUACAUGGAUAUAUGCCAAACACUCUUUAAAUACAGUUGAUAUUAUUAUUGAAAAACACUUUGGGUCGUGAAUCCCAGAUUAUGUCGUAGAUUACCAACAGUGCAAUUUCAGGUUCUUCCAAGACGAUAAUUUUAAUACCUUCAGGCCUCAGCAGUUCUCUGACACAAAUUUUUUUUUUUUAAUUCUUUGUGGACACAUGCUCGAAGACACUUUGAAAGCAGAUGGUACACUGUCGAGAGUUCAUUCUCAAAGCACUAUUUAUCUAUUUACCUGAAGUCCAGUUUCUCUACAGUGUGGAGCAUCCUUUCUGUAAACAUAUUUUAUUUAUCAAGCAGGGACUGAAGUGACCUCCUGUGUUUAAAAGUACAAUAAAUUAUUGAAAUUCUGUUUUUAGCAACAUUUAUGAAGAGUAUACUGUAUCUUUCUCCAAGUAUCUGAUUUUAGAAUCAAACUCUUCUGUCUCAGUGCUCAUCCCACACUUGUGGAGCUUUGUUGUUGAGAGCUCACUUGCUAAUGUAGCCCACAGCAUUUCCCCAGUGCCUGUCUUUAACUGUGAACUACUAAAUGAAUGGUCCAGAGCCACGUAGAGAGUUCUGUCCUUUCAUGGGAGUUUUUAGGGGUCCGAGUUUUUAAGUUUUCACUGGAAAAUGAGAAUGAAGCCUUAAAUUGGUCUGUAAAGCCGCUGAAAACUCUCCAAAUAUCUGCGGCCUAAGUUGGGAUGGCUCAGUGGAAUGAUAUCCUGAAAGCAGGGCUGUGUUUUUCAUGAUUAGUCUCACCGCAAGUAUGAGCUUCAGCUCUCUUGGUCAGUUUGCCUCUAAGGACUUCAUCUCAGAGACAGAACUCUUCACUGUGUCGCUCUGGAGUGAGUGAGGUGAUAAUUAAGCAUUUGAUGCCAGUUGCAAGGCGCUCUGCAGCUCUUUUUAUGCUUUUGGGUUUCAGAUGUUACAAAAAACAUGACAGGAACUUAUAUAUUUUUUGUACAAAUGUGACAAAACUUAUGGUUGAAAACAAAAAAGUCUUUCAUGGGCUAGCAUUGUUUUCACUGAAUUUAUUUAUCUCAAGGUUUUGGUUUGGUCUUUUUUUCUAUUUUUUUCUGUGAUUUUUAACUGUCAGCACUGUAGUGUACAUAAGAAGUUUUGUAAAGAGAAAAAACUUGUAGUGUGGUUUCUACUUUAAAUAUGAGCCUAGCUAAUAAAAGGUUCAAUGUAUGAAAAUGUUGGGGUAAGAA